AUGCAGUCUCCAUAUUUAAAAACUCCCGCGGUCUUUCUUCCCGCGAAACGGCUACUUUAUAUGACAGAGAGUCAUGUGACUGAUUCAGAUGCACUUCGGUCUCAAAUAUCAGCGGUUACUUCAGAAACCAAUAUGGCGGACAAGAAGGUAUUGAAUUUGUGCAAGUCACUAUUUUCAUCCCGUUCUUCUUCCAUUAAUGCAAAAUUUUUCAGAUAUUUCACGAGAUAUCUCUCGAGUACAGCUACUAAUCUGAACGAAGAGAACAGGAUCUGUUUUGUUACUGAUGGGUGUAGUACCGAAGAGUUGGAGACAGUGCAAGAUUUAGUUGUCGGUAAUUUAGAAGUUUGUGGAAAUUUUAUUUCCGAAGAAGAGCAAACUUUACUGUUGAAGGAAAUCGAACCAUAUUUGAAGAGACAAAAGUAUCAAUAUGAUCACUGGGACAAUGUAAGUGUCAUUACCGCUAGUAACAUUAUGGAAUAAAUAGUGAUAAUGCGAUCUGUUUAAUUUACGUGUAACGAUAUCGUUUACAACUUUACAGAACUCUAGUAACAUAUUUUCGGGUCCCCUUUCUGUCAGAAUUCGGUUAAGUUAUUUUUUAAUAAAAUAUUCAUCGGAUCACAUUGAGAUCUGAUCUGAGGUCUUCAGCUCAGGUUAGCGAAGAAAAAAAUAUUGAAAUUUUCCCACAUAAUUUUUUAAUAGGCAAAGAUAAAGUUACAUAGUAUUCUUACAUUAACCCAGUUCAACUUUGUGUCAACCUGUAGCUUAAGCAAAUAAUUCAAGUGCAACCCAAUGAUUGAGGACUAUUUCAUCACGGAAUCUUUAAUUCUUGCAGGCAAUCCAUGGGUAUAGAGAAACAGAAAAGCCAAGAUGGAGUCAAGAGUGUUUGUCAGUUUUCCAGAGAAUUCGAGAUGUUGCAUUCAAGCCUGGCAUGGAACUCUUGCCCCAUGUUCAUGCAUUAGAUCUAGCAAAAAACGGGUAUGUUAAAGCAAGCUAAUUGAUUAUUAAUUCUUUAACUCCCAGAAGUGAUUAAAAUAUAAGAAAUAAAGUACUUUUUCAGACCCCUAGCUUAUUCUCUAUAAUCUCAAACAAUUAUCCUCCUAAGUGUAAAUGAAGGCACUGCAUCUUUACCGCCACUUUGGUAAUUACAUGAUUGUAACUGCUAAGCUUUAUGUCCCAGACUUGACUAACAUGUAACUUUUCCCUUAAACUGUAAUCAAAAUUUUCAGGUAGAGGUUGUUAUCUUGAUCUAACACCAAAUGCUUGUACCUAAUUUACAAGGAAAUGUGUAUCAGCCAGAGGAGAGAAUUAAUGAUCAGAUACUGUGAAUUAGAUGGUUAAAUGGUAAAUAACUCCUUAUACAUGUGAAUGAACUAAACCCAUAACAAAAUUUUUCAGGCUGGAGACAAACUGUACAGGGAUUGUUUUACAGGGAUUGUUUUUGGUUGAACAUUGAGCUGUGCACAUGACAGUUCCUAUUAAGAUCCAUGUGUGUUAUUUUCAUAUGCGUAGUUGUCAACAAUGGUUAAUAGUUCUACAAUGUCCAAUGCUGUUGAACACUAAACCCUUUGAUCACUAGAGUGUCUAGCAUCAAAUUUCUCUUUACAUUAUCACUCCUGAAUCACAUACUAAGGUCCUAGGAAUCAAGGAAAUGAUCACCAACUGAAGAAGUUGAUCAUUUUUACAUGCAUUCUCCUUGUCAGCAUCUUAGGAAAUGCAUGAAGAACUGUAUGAAGAAUAGUAACGAAUGUAAAGGAUUAAAAGUGUAUUAAGUGCUUUAGGCUCCUGUACAGUUAUACUGUUCAAAUAAAAAUACUGCUCAUUGUUUGAAAAAAAGUACCAGUACUAAACCUUAUUUCAGUCAUUCUGUUUGCAACAUUUGGUUGCAAGCUGUCUCUUAGCAAGGUUUAAAUUACUAAAAUUACAUGUAUUUUAAUAUCUUAUUUUGUUUCAGGUACAUUAAACCCCACAUUGACAGCAUUAAGGUAACAGAUGGCUUCUUAAAAUAUUUGCUUGAAAACAAAAUCAAUCAAAAUUAGUAAAUGUUCCAGUUACUAUUAAACUUAGUACAAUACUACUUUUAAACCUUUGCAUUUUAAGUCUGACAUCUCUUAGUACUCCAAAAUAAGUAUGCAAAAAUGCAUGCACACACACACACAAUUUUAUAUGAGGAACUAUAGUUUGGAUGAAAACCUUGUUUUGUGGAGUGUAACUGUCAAGUAAAUGGUUUUAAAAAGAAGUUUAUUUGAGGAGGCAAAGAAGCUAAACAUCAUGAAUUUUGUCUUUUCAGUUUUGUGGAGCAAUAAUAUCUGGCCUUAGUCUACUGUCACCUUCAGUUAUGAGAUUUAAACAUGAAAAGCUUUGCAAUGUCAAAGUUGAUACCCUUCUCCAGCCAAGAUCACUCUAUAUCAUAAGGUAUAUGCAUGCAAUGCCAUAAGCAUAAUAGUUAAAAAUAAAACAUGAAUGAUACAAUAUCCCAAUAAUUUUGUGAGGUGCUGGUUUGUUUUAGCAUAACUACAUUACACCAGGGAUAUGUUAAGUAAUGCUUCAUGUGAGUUUCAGCAUUAAGGUAAUAUGUUGAUCAUAAAAUCCAAUGGUUAGAAGCUUACAACCAGAAAUGCUUUUCCUCUACUCCACACUGCUAUUUACUCAACAGGUCUAGGCAAGAUAGACUUAUUGGAAAACACUUUCUAUUAGGAGCAUUGUAAGUAAGAGACACUUAUGGAAAAUGAGUAAAAUAUAUUUCUUUCAUUCAAUUAGAGAUGCUGUAAGGUAUGAAUUUACCCAUGAAAUAUUGAAAGAAGAAGAGUCUGUUUGGAGAGGAAAGACUGUGCCUAGAGACAGAAGAAUAUCAUUAGUCCUCAGAUGUCAACCCUAGCAUUAAUCAAUCAUCUUUUAUAAAUGGCUAUGUUCUAGAUCCAUUUAUUCAUAAUUCUAAAAUCUAAUUAUUUAAAAAAUAUACUAUACAUAUUUUCACUGCC